AUGCUGUCCUCAAGAUUAUCGAGAACUUUCGCGCCGCGCGUGGCCUCUGCUGCCCGUCGCACACCCAUCGCUGCGCGCCCCUUCAGCUCCACAUUCGCGCGCUAUGAGGAGGAGAAGGUGAAGGGCUCCGUCAUCGGUAUCGAUCUGGGCACAACCAACUCGGCCGUUGCCGUCAUGGAGGGCAAGGUCCCUCGCAUCAUCGAAAACUCUGAGGGCGGCCGCACAACACCUUCCGUCGUCGGCUUCACAAAGGAGGGCGAGCGUCUCGUCGGUAUCGCCGCCAAGCGCCAGGCUGUCGUCAACCCUGAGAACACUCUCUUCGCUACCAAGCGUCUCAUCGGUCGCAAGUUCACCGACAGCGAGGUCCAGAAGGACAUCCAGCAAGUCCCCUACAAGAUCGUCCAGCACACCAACGGUGAUGCCUGGCUCGAGGCCCAGGGCCAGAAGUACUCGCCUUCCCAGGUUGGUGGCUUCGUCCUCGGAAAGAUGAAGGAGACGGCCGAGUCCUACAUGGGCAAGAACGUCAAGAACGCCGUCGUCACCGUCCCCGCCUACUUCAACGACUCCCAGCGUCAGGCCACCAAGGAUGCCGGCCAGAUCGCUGGUCUCAACGUCCUCCGUGUCGUCAACGAGCCCACCGCUGCCGCCCUUGCCUACGGUCUCGACAAGGCCACCGACAACGUCGUCGCUGUCUACGAUCUUGGUGGUGGUACAUUCGAUAUCUCCAUCCUCGAGAUCCAGAACGGUGUGUUCGAGGUCAAGUCGACCAACGGUGACACCCAUCUCGGCGGUGAGGACUUCGACAUCACCCUUGUCCGCCACCUCGUCCAGCAGUUCAAGAAGGAGCAGAACAUCGACCUGAACAACGACCGCAUGGCUAUCCAGCGUAUCCGUGAGGCUGCCGAGAAAGCCAAGAUCGAGCUGUCGUCCUCCUCGCAGACCGACAUCAACCUGCCCUUCAUCACCGCUGACGCUUCCGGCCCCAAGCACAUCAACCAGAAGCUCACUCGUGCUCAGCUCGAGAAGAUGAUGGAUCCCCUCAUCUCCAAGACCAUUGAGCCCGUCCGCAAGGCCCUCAAGGACGCCAACUUGACCGCCAAGGAGAUCUCCGAGGUCAUCCUCGUUGGUGGUAUGACCCGUAUGCCCAAGGUCACCGAGUCCGUCAAGAGCAUCUUCGGCCGCGACCCCGCCAAGUCUGUCAACCCUGAUGAGGCUGUCGCCAUCGGUGCUGCCAUCCAGGGUGCCGUCCUCGCUGGUGAGGUCACUGACCUUCUCCUGCUCGAUGUCACUCCCCUCUCUCUUGGUAUCGAGACCCUCGGCGGUGUUUUCACCCGUCUGAUCAACCGCAACACCACCAUCCCCACCAAGAAGUCCCAGGUCUUCUCCACCGCCGCUGACUUCCAGUCCGCUGUCGAGAUCAAGGUCUACCAGGGUGAGCGUGAGCUCGUCCGUGACAACAAGCUGCUGGGCAACUUCCAGCUUGUCGGCAUCCCCCCUGCUCACCGUGGUGUUCCCCAGGUCGAGGUCACUUUCGACAUCGACGCCGACUCCAUUGUCCACGUCCACGCCAAGGACAAGUCCACCAACAAGGACCAGUCCAUCACCAUCGCUUCCGGCUCCGGUCUGUCCGACGCUGAGAUCGAGUCCAUGGUCCAGGACUCUGAGCGCUACGCUGAGCAGGACAAGGAGCGCAAGAACGCUAUCGAGGCUGCUAACCGCGCUGACUCUGUCGUCAACGACACCGAGAAGGCCCUCAAGGAGUUCGAGGACCGCCUUGACAAGACCGAGGCCGAGAAGAUCAAGGAGAAGAUCACUUCCAUGCGCGAGUUCAUCGCUCAGAGCCAGUCUGGUGAGGGCACCGCCACCGCCGCCGAGAUCAAGGAGAAGACCGACGAGCUCCAGAACGCUUCUUUGAGCCUCUUCGACCAGAUGCACAAGGCCCGCAACGAGAGCCAGAACCAGGGCGAGCAGCAGCAGCAGCAGCAGCCCGAGGGUGAGGGUGAGAAGAAGCAGUAA